ACGUGGUUUUCAUUCAUUUGUUUUCUCUCCCUGGUUCCUUUAUUUCCACUCCAUCACUCAAUGUUCCUUCUGAGCAGGUGGCUAAUGGGUCUGCUGGAGUUACAGGAUGGUUUUAAAUUUGGCCAGUUCUACUCACAUGUGUAGCCAACUAUUUGUAUGUCUCUCAAAGGCUUAGAAUGGAGCUCGGAUACUGUACCCCAAGGAUGCUGGCAGAUAUACUCUGACUCAUUAAAGGAGAAGUGAGUGUAAGCAGAGAGGGGAGAAGACAUCAGCUGCCCACACAUCACCUCAGAGGAAUUCUAAGCAGUGUUGUUUAGAGUACCACUUGGCCAGAUGGAGAUCACCACAGGGGUCAUGGAUGAGAAUGCCACCAACACCUCCACCGACUUCCUUUCUGUGCUUGCCUCCCAUGGGGUCCAAGCUGCUCCGUUCCCAUUCAACUUCAGCUAUGGUGACUAUGAUAUGCCUUUGGAUGAAGAUGAGGAUGUGACCAAUUCCCGUACUUUCUUUGCUGCCAAGAUUGUCAUUGGUAUGGCCCUCGUGGGCAUCAUGCUUGUCUGUGGCAUGGGCAACUUCGUCUUCAUUGCUGCUCUGGCCCGCUACAAGAAACUGCGCAACCUUACCAACCUGCUCAUCGCCAACCUGGCCAUCUCUGAUUUCCUGGUGGCCAUCGUCUGCUGCCCCUUUGAGAUGGAUUACUAUGUGGUGCGCCAGCUGUCCUGGGAGCAUGGCCAUGUCAUGUGCGCCUCUGUCAACUACCUGCGUACUGUCUCUCUCUAUGUCUCCACCAAUGCCCUGCUGGCCAUCGCCAUCGACAGAUAUCUGGCCAUCGUCCACCCGCUGAGACCCAGGAUGAAGUAUCAAACAGCCACUGGCUUGAUUGCCUUGGUGUGGAUGGUGUCCAUCCUUAUCGCCAUCCCUUCUGCCUACUUCACCACUGAAACGGUCCUCAUCAUCGUCAAGAGCCAAGAGAAGAUCUUCUGUGGCCAGAUCUGGCCGGUGGACCAGCAGAUCUACUACAAGUCCUACUUCCUCUUCAUCUUUGGCGUCGAGUUCGUAGGCCCCGUGGUCACCAUGACCCUGUGCUACGCCAGGAUCUCCCGCGAGCUGUGGUUCAAGGCGGUGCCGGGCUUCCAGACGGAGCAGAUCCGAAAGCGCCUGCGCUGCCGCCGGAAGACCGUGCUCGUGCUCAUGGGCGUCCUCAGCGCCUACGUGCUGUGCUGGGCGCCCUUCUACGGCUUCACCAUCGUGCGCGACUUCUUCCCCACCGUGUUUGUCAAGGAGAAGCACUACCUCACCGCCUUCUACGUCGUCGAGUGCAUCGCCAUGAGCAACAGCAUGAUCAACACUCUGUGCUUCGUGACUGUUAAGAACAACACCGUCAAGUACUUCAAGAAGAUCAUGCUGCUCCAUUGGAAGUCUUCCUACAAUGGGAGUAAGUCCAGCGCAGACCUUGAUCUUAAAACCACAGGGGUACCGGCCACCGAGGAGGUGGACUGCAUCAGACUGAAAUAACCUGAUGGACCUUUCAAAGUUUAAACAAAGACCUUUGCGACAUCAACCGGUGUCCUGGGAUACAAACCAUCAACCAAGAACCCUUGGUUUGCUGCAGAGGGCAGAGUGCAUGGACGAGGGUGCGAACACCGUGCUCAAGGAACUCAGCAUUUCUAAACCUGAUGUGACUAGAUACCAGCACCAGUGGCCAACACUCACUGAAAAUCUCGUUUGUGCAGAGUAGGCACUGGUGAAACUUAUGUAUGUUGACAACAUUUAAUUGGCAGAAAGAAAUAAGGAUUAAGCCAAGAAAAAUACUGGGGCAUAGAGAGUCUGAAAUGAGAGACUCUCCGGAGGGGAACCCAAGUAGGCAUCUAGGACUGUGGUACAUGUGGUACAUGUGUUUGUAGGGUGGUCUAUCUGACCAUCUCAGCUACUCAUCAGGUACUGAUGUAGCCCAUCUCUAGGAUUGUCCUUAGGCUUGAGUUCACUCCUAACGUUUGUGGGGUUGGAGCAAGAAUGCAAAACAGGCUCCUACGUCUUUAUUCUCAUCCGUUUAUUCUCAUCUCUGUUCCUGACUUUCACUGGAAGGAGCCUUACAUGCAUGCAUAUGGACACCACAAUAUGCAUGGGCAAGUUCUGUCCAAACCCUCUUCCCCAGCACUGAUCCAUGGCUACCCCUUGGGCUUAUGGCUGUGCCCAUACAUAGUGAGACUCAUUAUCAGGAGAAGCCACACAGACCCUAGAAACCAUUACCUAGAAAUCAAAGUAUUAAGGGGUUUCGGGUAUCUUGACUUGUCCCAGGGAAGGCUUAGGCUCAGGAUGAAUAUGUUCUCUUGGCUCCAUGGACUUCUCAUCUCAUGGAGAGA